AUGGCCGCCUCUCCCGAGAUUGUCUUCUCGCAAAACGUUCAGAGCAUGAACGAGUGGGCGAUGCGUACCGGCAUCCCGCUGGCCAGUCGAGCGGACGACAUGAACGUCCCGUACAGGCGGGCCCACCGCUGGCUGCGCCAAAUCAAAGACGAGUUGUGCGCCAGGCAUGGCUUCGUCGAGGUGGCGUCCAGCGACCCGCGUAUCAUGUACUCCAUUGAGUGCCCACCGCUACGGUCCUCGAACGGUCUCCAGCGCUCCCCGCCAUUCCGCCUCCAGAUACCGUUGGACGUGACCACGUUCUUCGCGCCACAGCGCCGCGUCGAAUGGGAAAUGCAGUUCCAUAGCGCCGCCUUCGGCUACAUGCGACGCACGAAUCCCGCUAUCCUCGAUUUAUUCAACCUCCUUCAGAGCCUAAUCACUGGGGUCAUCGUGUUGGUCAUGGAAGAGCGCAAUCCUGGCGAACGUCUCGUGCGCACCAUCCGCGCACUUCCCAUGCCGGACUGGGUCGCAAAUAAUGGCACCGAGCUCACACACAUACUUGGCGUCGACCGGUAUCGUUCCCUGUAUCGUGCGGCGGGCGACAAGCGCAUGUCGUACAAGCUCGAGCAGGAGCAGCACUAG